ACUCUUACCUGUGCAGCUGACACUGCAUUUAUAACACCAUAGCUGACACACCUCCAGUAGUUGCACAAAAGGUUCAUAUAUUACAAAGACAGAGCGACACAGUCUGCACACAUCCACACAGCCUUUGCCUGCACCAAAAAGAAGCAUGUCGUACACCAAGAUUUCAGUUGUCAUCUUUGGAAACACAGAGUCUUUGAAGAAAGCUCUAAUAACCAACAUCUUGGGGAAAGAUUUGUCUGUGCUACCCAUGAGAAAGAUUCUGAAAAACACUGAGAUAUAUGAGAAUUACACAUAUGAGAUCACAUGUACACCUGACUUUGACAUAUUCUGUGAUGACAUGAAGGAACUAUUUUCUAAGAAUUCCCACAGUGACAUGUGUUUGUUGGUGGUAGAGGAUGGGUUUUCACCAGAAAAUGUGGGAAAGCAAAUAGACGAUUUGAGCAAGAAAACUGGAAAACCAAGAGAAGAGUUCACAGUUGUACUGCCACUGACAUAUGAACCCUCAGAUUACUGUUUCAAAUCCUGCCCCAUCCAGCAGCUUUUCAGUGAACUGGACAAACUGGCUAAACACAGACAACCUCAAUCAACAGAUAACAGCAGCGGCCAUGGAUUACAAACUAUGUCAAACAUGCCAAAGACAGGUGGCAGUCAUGGCAAAGAUUCCUUCACUGACCCCAAGAAGUGUUUAAAAAGAAAACACACUGGUACUACAGUAAACCUUGUUCUACUGGGAAUGGCUGGAACUGGAAAGAGUGCAAGUGGAAACACCAUCCUCGGAAAGAAGAGCUUCAUGUCUAAACCCAGUUCAAAGCCGGUCACCACAGAAUUCCAGGUGGCAGAAACUGAGAUGAAUGACUUACGUGUACGUGUGAUUGAUAGCCCAGACAUCUUUGAUGAUGACACUGAAGCAUCAGUUUGGGACAAACAUGUAAAAAAGUGUAAACAGCUCUGUGAGUCAGAACCCUGCGUGUAUGUACUCGUGAUGCAUGUGAGCAGAUUUACAGAUUGUGAGAAAGACAUCAUGGAAAAGUUAGAAAAAGCUUUUGGGAGAGAAGUUAAAGAAAAAACAGUUGUUCUGUUCACACGGGGAGACGACCUGCAGCAGGCAAAAAUGAGCUUGAAGGAUUUCCUGCAUUCCUGCCAACCUGGUCUGAGGGAAAUAGUUGAAAAGUGUGGAAACAGGUGUGUUCUCUUUGAGAACAGCAGGUUGAGUUCACAGGAAGUUGGAAAGCUGAUUGACACGGUGAUCAGGCUGUUAGAAUAACAGGCAAUAUAACCUCAGGGGUCAGAUAAGAUUAAUAAAGCAGAUGUUUUCUGUAACAAUGCAAAUUGGUAGACAAUACAGGCAGAGAUGUAUGGUUAAAAUUUGUUCAUUUUAAAUUGUUUUACUGAAUUGGUCAAAUAAAAAAAGCUUAGCGCUUUGUGAGGAUCUAUAAAAUGUAACAAAUUAACAAAUUCAUAUAAAAACGGACAAAUUAAUGUUGAAUGCCUCUUGAUGCAUCCUCAAUCAUCCAGAUAAGGAAAUCUGAAAAAGUUGAUUGUGUUCAUCUGGACGUAGCGUUUUCAGUGGGAGAAAUUUUUCGUCACUCAUCCAAGUGACUUCUUCAGUCUCAGCUGACUGCAGGUUUCCCCAAUCUUAUAAACAGUACGUGCACCCCGUGCACGUUGGUGUAAGCUUUAUCCAGGCAGUUAUGUCCUCUUGUUGGGAAGUUCACAUGCUGAUGGAAUUUGGGGAGAACUGUCUUGAGAUUCUUGUGGUUGAAGUCGCUACGACAAAGAAACCUUCCGGGUGCGCAGUCUGGAGCUUGUUGAUAGCUUGAGACUGUUCUGCUAGUGCCAAGUUAGCAUUAGCAUUUGGUGGAAGAUAUACUGCUAUUACAAGUAGCGAGGAAAACUCUCUCGGUAGGUAGAAAGGGCGACACUCCACAAUUUAAAAAAUCCACCUGGGGUGAGCAGUGGUGACUCACUUCAGCUGAGUUCAUGCACGAUAGUUUGUUGAUGUAUAUGCACAAACCACCACCCCGGCUCUUGCCAGAUAAGGAGCCUUUCUGUCGGCUUGAUAGCAUGCUAGCCCGGUUAGCUGGAUAGCCGAGUCAGCAAUGUCCACAUUCAGCCAUGUUUCCGUGAGGAUGUAAACACAACAAUUCUUAAAUUCACUUUGGGUCGAGUGCUGGAGCCACAGAUAAUCCAUUUUACUGUCCAGGGAGCGAACGUUAGAGAGCAGGAUGGAUGGGAGUGCUGGUUGGAAAGGGUUAGCCUUUAGCCUAGUGCUAGCACCGGCACGCUUUACUCGCUUUUUUUUUAGGUGUGCAGCGCUUGCAUAUUGGCCAGCUGUGCCUCGCUGCCUCGGUGGGGGGGUGGAGUUAUUAUAUAGAUUAGUAGUGUUAGCUUGCUGCAUUAUAUAGAACAAUAGUAAUGUCUUGCUGCAUUAUAGUAUAAGAUUAUUAUCUUAGGGUCAGGCCUUCGUGUAAGGACAGGGUUCUGUUUAGCUGUAGGAGAAAAAGUAGUCAGACAGAGAGCAGCAUUUAAAGGAAAUGGUACAGAACAAACAGCGCUAAUGGCUGUCUAACACAUCUAACACAUCUGGAUAAGUAUAGACAAAGAUAUAGAUCAGUGUAGAUUAGAAAGUAGAACUAAGUAGUGAAGCUUAAGUUGCAUAGAGAGUUCGUGUGAAAGUCACCCACACAUAGAGGAAAUGAAGGCAUGUGCAGGGAAAUAGAAAUAGAAGUUGGGGCAGAUAACCAUACAAGGAGGUGUGUGUAUUGAAACUGUGCAUGAAGAAUGGGGCAACAACACAGAGUACUAAGAAAACAGGAUAGGCAAAUGCUGAAUGAGGAACUCUGAAAGAAGUAUAAAUGUAACGGAUCCAGGGACUGCCCCUCAGAUCUGCUUAGGCUGUUAUGCUGUGCAUGUCUGCCAUGUACAUGGUGAAAUAAAGAAUUGUUGAAUUGA